AUGCAUACUCGAGUGACACUAUUAAGUUGUGCGGCAGAUUCUGCUAUAAACUAUAGUCUAGAAAUCACUCCAACAUGGGCUGUGGCAACAGUUUGCUUCAUAUUGAUAGUAAUCUCCAUUCUUAUUGAGCAUUUGCUUCAUCUUUUGGCCGAGUAUUUCAAAAAGGAAAGGAAGAAGUCCCUCAUUCGGGCUCUUGAAAAGAUCAAAUCAGAAUUGAUGCUUCUGGGUUUCACAUCACUGUUGCUAACUGUAAGCGAAAAACCAAUUGCAAAUAUCUGUAUUCCAAAGGGUGUUGGUGAAACUCUUCUUCCCUGCACAAGCAUGACUUUUAACGAUGCUGAGGAGGAAACCAAAUGUGCAGAGAAGGGGAAAGUAUCAUUGUUGUCCAGGCAAGGUGUCAGAGAGCUGCAAUACUUAAUCUUUCAUGUGGCCGUGUCUCAUGUUAUCUCAUGUAUCCUUACCUUUAGUCUUGGAAUGGCGAAGAUGAGGCGAUGGGAAUCUUGGGAAACACAAACUAGAACAUCGGAAUAUCAGUUUUCUUAUGAUCCACGAAGGUUUCAGCUCACUCGUCAGACUUCAUUUGGGAAGCGGCACCUUAAUUAUUGGAGCAAUAACCCAAUACUGUUUUGGCCUGUAUGCCUUGUUAGACAAUUGUAUAAAUCUGUCUCCAAGGUUGAUUACUUCACUCUUAGACAUGGAUUCAUCAUGGCCCAUUUUACAGAAGGAAGCAACUUUGACUUUCAAAAAUAUACAAAACGAGCUCUGGAAGAAGAUUUUGGACUGGUAGUGGGAACAAGUUGGUGGAUUUGGAUCUUCUCUGUACUUUACAUAUUGUUCAAUGCAAAUGGAUUCCACAGCCAUUUGUGGCUGCCUUUUAUUCCUCUAAUGGUGUUUUUGUUGGUGGGAACAAAGCUACAAGGCAUAAUAACAAAAAUGUGCUUGGAUAGUCAUGACAAGUCUCAUGUGGUCAGAGGAACUUUGCUUGUGAGGCCCAGUGACCACUUUUUCUGGUUUGGAUGGCCCAAGCUGCUGCUUUAUCUCAUGAGCUUCAUAUUGUUUCAGAAUUCCUUUGAACUUGCAUUUUUCACAUGGACUUGGAUCAGAUUCGGCAUCAGAUCAUGCUUCCAUCAAGCCACUGAGAAUAUCAUCAUAAGGGUUGCCAUGGGUGUUUCAGUACAAUUCCUUUGUGGCUAUGUGACACUACCUCUCUAUGCUUUGGUAACUCAGAUGGGUAGCACCAUGAACAAAGCUGUGUUUACGGAGAAUGUGAUUAGAGGCAUCAAGAUUUGGCAUGAUAAGGCCAAGAAGAGUAUGGCGCUAAGGAAUCCAUACACACAACGCCCAUCCCUUGAAACUUCCCUAGAGACUUCGCCUUCUUUUAGUCUUGAUCCAUCGGUCUCCAUUUUAGUGGAUCGUCCAUUAGAUGCUAAGCACGUGGAUCUUAGUAUUAUGGAUGAAGAGAAAGUGAGUGAACUACAAGAAUCCGAGAAUCAACAACGAAAGCUGGGUUCAUUUCACGGGUUUGACCUGCAAAACAGAGGAAAACCAAGCCAAUUUUGA